AUGAACAAAAAUGGAUUAAAAUCAGUAUUUAUUAUGACUUGUGUCGGUAGUGUAAAAGCAAUUCGAUUACGUAUGGCUAGUACAACUGAUGUAAUAGAUUUGAAUACACCACAUGAAAUUGUUAGUUUAGUUGGAACAUUAGAUAGUGAAGGACAACAUAUACAUGGAUCAUUUUCUGAUCGAACUGGACGAGUUAUAGGUGGUCAUGUUAUGGAUGAUCAUCCAAUGACUGUUUUUACUACUGUUGAAAUUGUUUUGGCUGAAUGUGAAAAUGUAACCUUUACUAGAGAAAUGGAUCCUGCAAGUGGUUAUCCUGAAUUGGUUAUCAAUAAAAAGACUGUUGAUGACAAAUAA